AAAAAACCAGAAGAAGAAAAGAUCUCCAAAUCCUGCAACAUUCUCUCUGGUUUUUAAAAGACACCAUUUCCUAGUCUGCCCGUGUGUCUUAAUUAGCUUUAGUUCUUUAUACUUCCUUCCUGAAAAUUAAAAAAGGGUUGUAAAGAUCGAACCUUUAUAUGUUUCUUUAAUCUGGGUUGGGAUCCAAAAAAAAAAAUCAUCAAUCAAUCAAAAUUUAGAAAAGAUGGCAAAUGGGACAGGGUCACCCUGUGGUGCAUGCAAGUUUCUAAGGAGGAAAUGUGCAGCAGAUUGCAUAUUUGCACCGUAUUUCUGCUCAGAACAAGGGCCAGCCAGAUUUGCAGCAAUCCAUAAGGUGUUUGGAGCCAGUAAUGUGUCUAAAUUGUUGUUGCAUGUUCCGGUGCCUGAUCGGUGUGAAGCUGUGGUUACCAUUGCUUAUGAAGCUCAGGCCAGACUUAAAGACCCUGUUUACGGUUGCGUUUCUCACAUUUUCGCCUUACAACAACAGGUCGCGUAUUUGCAAGCUCAACUAAUUCAAGCAAAAGCUCAGUUGGCACAAAGCAUGAUUGAAUCUUCAAGAAAUAACGCCGAAAAUCAACCCUGCUGGCCAAAUGCCGGUGGAAAUAAUAAUCCUAAUGGGAUGAUGGCGUCACUAAUUCCUCCAUUACAUCCAGCAGCUGCUUAUAAUGCAAACUCUUUCUCCCCACAGAGCUCAGUUUGUUCACUCGAUUCCAUCGGCGCUGGCACCGGCCCAAACACCGGGGAUAUCGGAAUCGGAAUGCAAGAAUUCAUGCGAGACAGAGAUCAAGAAAUGAUCUCCUUCCAGGCUUAUACUAAGAAAAGACCUUCACAAACUGACUUGAGUGAGCUUCAAGCUCUGGCAUUCAGAAUGAUGAAAGAUUAAUUAAUGACACAGAAAAAGGUCUUGAUCAAUCCAUGCAUGCAAAUGAAUGAAAACAUGUUUUUGGAUCCUCAGGGAUGGUAGUUAUAAUUAAAGACAUAUAUACUUGUUGGCUUUUUAGCCUUUUAAGUGAUGAUCAUCUAGAUGUUGUACAUAGAGAUGUUAGAAUGAAUGAAGGUACUUCAUUCCGGCCUCUUCGAGUAGUUCAAUUCCAAUUCAUUUUAAUAUUUCUUUCAUCUCAAAAUGAUUAUUCUCAG